GGCUGAAGAGUUAAGUGCCAGGCGUCUCCCUCCUUGGCAAACAGCCAAAAGAUGUGGAGACUCCGCCAGGUUCUUCUGCUACUGCUGUCCUUCUCCUUCGCCCAAACAGAUCCACUGCGGAGGCAGAAUCGUUGCCCGAAUGGAGCCAGUCCUCACUCCAGACCCUACAUGGCUGCCUUGCUGGAUUCCCAGAACCGUUACAUCUGUGGCGGAUUCCUCGUGGGACAUCAGUGGGUCAUGACUUCUGCACGCUGCGGAAGUGUUGAUAUGGUUGUCCUGGGAGCACAUGACCUCAAACAUGACGGAGAAACCUACAGAGUGGACGAACGCUACCCGGACAAAGAUUAUACGAUUAAGAACAACACCUUUUCAAAUGAUAUUCUUCUGCUCAAGGUACCACACCCCAAGCCUUUUUCUCACUCUGCAAGCACCCCCGAGGGCCCCGAUCCUGAAGGCAGAAGGAGCUAAAUGUCUCCUUCCAUCCCCAUGUGUGAAAUAUAAUGGACUCGUUCAGCUGAAUCCAGCUCUUUGGUCAUUAGUAUGAUCGGAUUAUUAUCAGUAUUUAUUAUUGUUGUUU